AUGGUUUUUAUUCGCUAUUUCUACCUUCUGAUCAUUGUCAUUGAUUUUGACCUCGACAUGAACACUCGUGGGGUGAAGCGUGAGCCUGAUCACCCGUUUGCGUGUGGUUUGUCGUCUCUCGAUCUUUGCCUUGUACUGCAUGGGCUGAGCCGCGAGAUCAGUGGCUCUUCCUGGCUCGAUUCUGCCUCUGUCCAGUAUGGUGAAGAAUCUGUCUUGAUCUCCCUCUGA